AUGUCUCCGGAAAUCCGUUAUCCACGCGAUGAUGAGGUGGUCAGGAAUUUCCUGGCAAAUACCUCCGUACCUGGCAAACCCAAUCAUAUUGGCAACCUGCAACCUGUAGACGAAAGACAAAACAUUCAAUCAAGGUCAUUCAAUGAUUAUCUUCGGACUCAUGGUACAAUCGCACUCAACCCCACUACACCAGCAGAUCGUUCCCGAUGUGAGCGGAAUGAUCGACUCAUUCAAGAAGAGAUUAAUACAACUGAGGAUCUUGAAGUCGGCAAGCUCUGGAAGAAUGUUCUCGAGGGUUGUUUUAGGGCUUGGAGAGCUUCCGGCUUCUUCGACAUCGUCUACAAGGAGUACUGCAUGAGGAUGACGUUAGCAGCAUUUGUCUUCUUCGUGACUUGGAGAGAGCAGGGUGACGUCUGA